CUUCAUUUUAUAACAAUUGAUUGGUUUGUAAUCGUCGUCGAUUGUGCAAGUAUGUUGGGAGCAUUUCAUAGAACUCUUGCUUUGUUGGAUGGAAGAGUUGCUUUUUCUCGACCCAAAAUAGUUACUCACGCAGGACGUAAGAACCGAAAAAAACAACGAAAAAUGGUAGAAGUGAAUCUUGCUGUUCUUCGUGAGGGAGAGAUAGAACUUGCAAGACGAAGAGGAAGAUUCAUACCGUUCGAUCAGGUUGCAGUUGCUGAUGCCAUGGAUAAAAUUCUAAAAGACCCAGAGAAAGUGGAGAAGUUUUCUUCGAAGAACAAGAAUUGAUAGAGUUGGUUGGAACGAGUCUCUUGGCAGACAUAACCUAUAGAAGAAGCUGUCGUCCCCAUAUUUCGGAUAGAACCACUAUGUAUUGCAGCUAUUGAUUAUGGCAGUUGCCUGAAGUAUCAAAGCAAGAGUUACUUGUCGCUUAUUGUGGUAAUGUGAGUGAA